CGCUCUCGCCCGGCCAAGGAUAAAUAGGAGGCGGCUGCGAGUCCUGCCAAAGCUGCUCUUCUCAUCGCCCAGCACAUCCCACAGCCGGCACCCAGCCCAGGCAGACAUGGACUCCCAGGACUGCCCUUGCGCCACUGGUGGCACCUGCACUUGCGGGGACAACUGCAAAUGUAAAAACUGCAAAUGCACAUCGUGCAAAAAAGGCUGCUGCUCCUGCUGCCCGGCGGGAUGUGCCAAGUGUGCACAGGGCUGCGUCUGCAAGGGCCCCCCCUCCGCCAAGUGCAGCUGCUGCAAAUAGGGACCCCCGGCUGCACAUCUGGGGGGCCAGAGAAGAAUAACCUUAUUGUGUAUGUUGGUUGUUUUGUUGAUUUUUUUUUUUGGUUUUUUUUUUUUUUUUUAUAUAUAUAUAUGUGUUCAGAUACCUUUAGUGUUUCUCACUCAUGACGUGUAAUAAGCUAUCUAAAUAAAGUGAUGUGUAUAUAAAGGUC